GCGCGCUUCGAUUAUUCUUGUUGGAUGGAGAGAGUAGAGCCAAAGAAUCUGCAUCAAAGUUCUGAAUUAUGUUGCACAAGGAAAUUCAUAGUUUUUCUCCUGGAACAAAACUUGCCUGUCACUCAAUCACUUGCGGUCAGUUUCUACUCUGCUCCAAAGUCUAGCUAGAGUCUAUACAUGACGAAAAGCCAGGAGGAACCUUCUUCUGACCACGUAGAGGAUCGGAGUGCAGCACUUUAUCACUACAGCAACUUCCAAGUCCAUAAAUGAUCAGCAAGCUAUCUUCCCCAAAGAUAGUACAGCAACCACAGAAAAUACAAGAGUGAGGAAGAUGGAGAGCUCGAGCUCGGCAACGACCAUCACGGCGACCCCCUGCUCCGGCAGCCAACAGCGUGGCGGCGGCGCCCACGUCCUCCUGGUGCCGCUGCCGGCGCAGGGCCACAUGAAUCCGAUGCUCCAGUUCGGGCGCCGCCUGGCCUACCACGGCCUCCGUCCCACGCUGGUCACCACCCGGUACGUGCUGUCCACUUCCCCGACAGCCGGCGAGCCCUUCCCCGUGGCCGCCAUCUCCGACGGCUUUGACGAUGGCGGCAUGGCCGGCACCGACCCCGUGGAGUACUGCCGCCGGCUGGAGGCGGUGGGGUCGGCGACGCUGGCGCGGGUCAUCGACGCCGAGGCGCGCGCGGGCCGCCCCGCCGCCGUGGUGGUGUACGACCCGCACAUGGCGUGGGCGCGCCGCGUAGCGAGCGCCGCCGGCGUCCCGACCGCGGCGUUCCUGUCGCAGGCGUGCGCCGUGGACCUCGUCUACGGGGAGGUGUGGGCGGGGCGGGCGCCGCUGCCGAUGAGGAACGGGAGCGCGCUGCGGCGGCGCGGGCUGACCAGCGUGGACCUCGGAGCGGAGGACCUGCCGCCGUUCGUUGUGGCGCCGGAGCUCUACCCCCAGUACCUCAAGGUCUCGAUCGGGCAGUUCGAGGGCAUCGAGCACGCCGCCGACGUGUUCAUCAACUCAUUCCGAGACCUGGAGCCACAGGAGGCAGAGUACAUGGAGGCGACAUGGCGGGCAAAGACGAUCGGCCCAACCUUGCCGUCGUUCUACCUCGGCGACGGCCGCCUGCCGUCCAACAGGACCUAUGGUGUCAGCUUCUUUAGCAGCAGCGCACCAUCAAUGGAAUGGCUGGAUAAGCAAACCCCUCGCUCUGUUGUCCUUGCUUCUUACGGGACCGUGUUCAACCUGGACGCCGGGCAGCUGGCUGAGCUUGGCAAUGGACUCUGCAAUUCCGGCAAGCCUUUCCUCUGGGUCGUGAGACCCAACGAGGCGCAAAAGUUGCCCGGUGAUCUUCACGACAAGUGCAGCGAGAAGGGCCUCAUUGUGUCCUGGUGCCCCCAGCUUGAAGUCUUGGCACAUAAGGCCACAGGAUGUUUCUUGACGCACUGCGGAUGGAACUCUACAACGGAGGCGAUUGUUGCAGGUGUACCAGUAGUGGCAAUGCCGCAAUCUGCAGACCAGAUGACCAUAGCAAAAUACGUGGAGAGUGCAUGGGGAAUUGGUGUGCGGAUCCGUUUGGAUGACAAGGGCGCCCUGUCAAGGGGGGAGGUGGAGAGGUGCAUCAGGGAGGUGAUGGAUGGUGAGAGGAAGGGCGAGUACAGGCGGAAUGUGGAAAAAUGGAUGGACAAGGCCAAGGCGGCUAUGCAGGAAGGAGGGAGUUCAGACAAGAACAUUGCUGAGUUUGCAGCCAAAUAUUUAUCUAACCUAGAGUUGUUAUGAUUACAUGCUUUAUUUUUGGCUGUUGGUGCUGAUCGUCAAUUUUGUAGUAUAUAUUCUCUUCGUUGUCUUGAUCUAGAAUUUAUAUUUUCUCUGGACAUGUGACAGCACAACAACAAGAAUAAACUAGCAUCAUAACAUCCGCAGACAUCAAGAGCAUCAUGGUUGCACCAACAUUCCAAAGUUUAUUUGUAUUUGAGUUUAAAUUCAUAUUGAAGAAUUCUGUUCCGGUGAA